AUGUCUGGCCUCUUUAGCUCAGGAUCACCUUAUCAAUUUUCAAGCUCAGGUGGUGGCUUCGGUGGUAGCUCCUUUGGAGGUGGAAGUGGUGGAAGUGGCGGUGGCUAUGGAGGUGGUUUCGGUCAAAGCUAUGGUGGAGGGUUUGGUGGUGGAUCAAGUGGUGGGUUUUCUUUCAGCGCUGGAGGUUCGGGUGGCUUCUCUGCAAAUGAAAAGCAGACCAUGCAGAACCUCAAUGACCGUCUGGCUGCCUACCUAGAAAAAGUUAGGGAACUGGAAGCAGCCAAUGCUGAGCUAGAGAACAAGAUCCGUGAGUGGUAUGAGAAGCAAGUAGGUUCUUCAGUAGGUGUAGGAGGCAAAGAUUACAGCAAGUACUUUGAAAUCAUCAAUGACUUGAGGGGAAAGAUCUUGGAUGCCACUGUGGAAAACUCCAGGCUUGUCCUGCAGAUUGACAAUGCCAGACUGGCUGCUGAUGACUUUAGAUUGAAGUAUGAGACCGAACUAGCUCUCCGCCAGGGUGUUGAGGGUGACAUUGCUGGCCUCCGCAGAGCCCUGGAUGAUCUGAGCUUGACCAGAGGAGAUCUGGAGAUCCAAUAUGAAAGCCUAUCAGAAGAGUUGGCUUACCUCAAGAAGAACCAUGAGGAGGAAAGUCAAAUUGCAAGAAGCAGUGCUGCCGGCCAGGUCAAUGUAGAGAUGGAUGCUGCUCCUGGAAUAGAUCUCACUAAGAUUCUGAAUGACAUGAGGGAAAAUUAUGAAGCCAUGGCUGAUAAAAACCGCCGAGAUGCAGAGGCUUGGUUUAACCAGAAGAGUAAAGAACUGAACCAGGAAAUCUCAGCCGGUGUGGAACAAGUGCAAACAAGCAAGUCUGAAAUCACCGACCUUAGACGUACCCUCCAAGGCUUGGAGAUAGAGUUGCAGUCUCAGCUGGCGAUGAAAAAAUCCCUUGAAGACACCCUAGCUGACACAGAAGGUCGUUAUGGAUCACAGCUCCAGCAGCUCCAGCUUGUCAUCAGUGGACUAGAGGAGCAGAUGAUGCAGAUCAGAGCAGACAUGGAACGCCAGGGCAUGGAGUACAGAGAGCUGCUCAAUAUCAAGAACAGACUGGAGAUGGAGAUUGAAACAUACCGUCGCCUGCUAGAGGGAGAACUAGGGCAAGUUUCUUCCUCCAAGUCUUCCACGGUAUCUUCCGCUUCCAAGUCAUCUUCCUCAUCAUCAUCCUCUACAGCUGCAUCAUCAUCAUCAAAAUCAUCAUCAUCCACUGCAGGUGCAGGUGCAGGUGCAGCUGCAGGUGCAGGUGCAGGUGCAGCUGCAGGUGCAGGUGCAGGUGCAGCUGCAUCAUCAUCAUCAUCAUCAUCAAAAUCAUCAUCAUCUGCUGAAGCUGCAACAGUAAAGGCACCACCCGUUGAGAAGAAAAGAGGUACUACGUUCAUCUCCAUUACGAGGCCAGGCUUUUUGUCACAUUCAGGUUCUAGGCAUUAG